GCUUAGGGUUGAAGGACUGACUGGGAGACUGGUUUUUUUCGACCCCUCCCACCAGACCACAGUGGCCACGCCCUCAGCCGAAGGGCGGGGCAGAGGAGCCUUGCCUUUAAACGACCUCCCUGGGGGCGGGGCCUCUAAGGGGCGGGGCCAGGGCAGGGGAGGAGAAGAGGAAAAGGAGUGGUCACGUGCGGCUGGUGGCCUACGGUCACGUGACGGGCGGCGGGGCGCAGGCACCCAGGCUGGGAGUGCUCCUGAGGGAAAGCCGAGGGAAGCGGGGGACCCGGCGGCGGUGACAAUGAGUUUCCUUGGAGGCUUUUUUGGUCCCAUUUGUGAGAUUGAUGUUGCCCUUAACGAUGGGGAAACCAGGAAAAUGGCAGAAAUGAAAACUGAAGAUGGCAAAGUAGAAAAACACUAUCUCUUUUACGAUGGAGAAUCUGUUUCAGGAAAGGUAAACCUAGCCUUUAAGCAGCCUGGAAAGAGGCUAGAGCAUCAAGGAAUUAGAAUUGAAUUUGUAGGUCAAAUUGAACUUUUCAAUGACAAGAGUAAUACUCAUGAAUUUGUGAACCUAGUGAAAGAACUAGCCUUACCUGGAGAACUGACCCAGAGCAGAAGUUAUGAUUUUGAAUUUAUGCAAGUUGAAAAGCCAUAUGAGUCAUACAUCGGUGCCAAUGUCCGCCUGAGGUAUUUUCUUAAGGUGACAGUUGUGAGAAGACUGACAGACUUAGUGAAAGAGUACGAUCUUAUUGUUCACCAGCUUGCUACCUAUCCUGAUGUCAACAACUCCAUUAAGAUGGAAGUGGGCAUUGAAGACUGUCUGCACAUAGAGUUUGAAUAUAAUAAGUCAAAGUAUCAUUUAAAGGAUGUGAUUGUUGGAAAAAUUUACUUCUUAUUAGUAAGAAUAAAAAUACAACACAUGGAGUUACAGCUGAUCAAGAAGGAGAUCACAGGAAUUGGACCCAGCACCACAACAGAAACAGAAACAAUCGCUAAGUAUGAAAUAAUGGAUGGUGCACCAGUAAAAGGAGAAUCUAUUCCGAUAAGACUAUUCCUAGCAGGGUAUGACCCAACUCCCACAAUGAGAGACGUGAACAAGAAGUUUUCAGUAAGGUACUUUUUGAACCUCGUGCUUGUUGAUGAGGAAGACAGACGGUACUUCAAGCAGCAGGAGAUCAUCCUGUGGAGAAAAGCACCUGAAAAAUUGAGAAAACAGAGGACAAAUUUUCACCAGCGAUUUGAAUCUCCGGAAUCACAGGCGUCUGCAGAACAGCCUGAGAUGUAAGCCAAAUAGGACAGAGAGCAAGAACAGGAACUGUAGCCAAGAGGUGAAGCUCAGCAGGUUAAAGAUGGUCACAGCGUGGGGAAAGUCCGACUCCAUGUCUGCCAGUCUUCCUUAUCCUGAAGUGCUGCGUUUAUUUUACAGGAUGAGUAAAGGUUCUCUGUGUACAUACAUUUUAAAAAGUGCUUUCUUGGAAACACUGGAGAAUUCUUAAGCUGCCUUUUUUGUUUUCUUUUUUACUGCACACUGAUAAGCACUCAGAUGCGUCAGCAUAAACAUUAAAGAUCUCCAUGUGUGUAGGCUGGUAUUUGUAAUUUUGCUUUCCUUAUGCAUAAUGUUGAAAAUCUUUCUCUUUUUCAUGCUAAUGAUUACCUCUUAUUCACUAUGUGCAAAAAAUAAAUAUUUUGUUCAAAUAAAAUGAGAAAACCUGAGCAGCCCUUAUGUCCUGCAAAGUUUUAAGGCGCGGCUCCUCAGUAUCUUUGAGAAUUGUGUUUGUUUUUACAUUCGUAUCAGAACCAACCUGAUGUUGCAUGGUGGAUGCUUCUGGAGCAUUUCAUGGCCUCCUGAAUAUCUUUGGGGUCUCUGAGGUAUGUUAAAAUUUUCACCCAAGGAAUUACAUGGCAUGUCAUUGUGGCCCUCUUCCCCCGUUAACCUUUUUUCAAUUACUUUCUGUAUCACCAUGUAGGUUCUGCAGUGUCGCGCUGACAUGUUGGCAUUUUAAAGCUUGUUAAACCCAUAUCACUUCUCCGUAAAUACUCUGAAACAUGUAUAUAGAGUUUAAUUUAAGGACUCUUUCCUUGUGUGUGCUUGUAUUCACUGGGAAGGAGAGGGCUCGAGAGGACUGUGAAGCAUCAUCAUGCAAGUGCCCAGGUCUGGACAGUUUCUCGAUGAGUGGACUACUGGCUAGUUCAGACUCACAUGUAAACUUCACCUGGUCUAUUGAAGAACAAACAAACAAACAAGCCCACUCAAUUCUAAUCAAUUGUACAGUGUCUCUUAAGAAGGCAACUGUCAUCUGAGCACAGACACACGACUGUGGAAUAUAAGGGCAGGAUGAAGCCUGCUGUGUAGGAGCUAUGUUCACUCGUGGGUCAUUGGGUUUUGUACCAGUAUUCCUUGAUACACCUCAGUGUAAGUUUUGUCAGUUACCCUUACUUUCUGAGGAAGCUGAACGGCCCAAGUUAUGUUUUACUAUGAUGGCACUUUGAUAAAAUGGCCAGCAACCAUCCCUGGCCAAAAGUUCCAUGAACCAUGUCCUGGAGCUAUUUUCAAUGUGGAUUUCUAAGAAUGACCAUGUUCCCUUCAUGUAAGUGCCUGUUCAGAGUUUCAGAAUUUCAAAAUGCCAAAUAUUUUCAUGGUCACUUGCGUGGAGUAAUCUAGGAAAUAUUUCAAAGAGAUUUUGAAAACCAACUGUAUUUAACCAGCCUCAAGUUGUGCAACUAUGAUAUAUAAUAAAUAAUUUGAAACAGAAA